CUCAAGAUUUUCCACCGGCGACACAAAACCCAUACAAAACCCGCCACCAAAAUCUAAAGCGACAAAGGAAAAAAAAUGUUGCAGAAUACCAUCGUCUUCCCCUCCAGUUCACACCCACUUACACAGUCUCCAUUCCCAACCACUUCCUCUCAGAAACCAAUCUUCAUUCCAUUCCACUUGUACUGCUUCUCCGCAAACUCCCAGCAAAAGCCUUGCCUCCACCUUCAAUGGCGGCCGAAAGUGCCGAAGAAGAAGAGGGCGUUGGUGGCGUCCGCCGCCACUUACGAGGUCGGAGGAGGAUACCCAGAUGAGGAAUUAGACUUAAAAGACAGAAGGAGCUCUGCUGCCCAACAGCAAGGGAACGAGAAAUUGGACCCUUCCGAGUGUGCGGCUCUGCUCAAAGGAGGAGAGCAAGUCACAUCUGUUCUCGAAGAGAUGAUCACCCUUUUGGAAGAUAUGAGCAUGGAUGAUGCAUCUGAAGAGGUGGCUGUGGAGUUGGCUGCGCAAGGGGUCAUAGGGAAGAGAGUUGAUGAAAUGGAAUCGGGUUUUAUGAUGGCUCUGGACUACAUGAUCCAACUUGCUGAAAAGGACCAAGAUGAUAAGCGCAAGUCACUUUUGGAGGUGAUAAAGGAGACGGUGUUAUCGCAUCUAACAAAAAAGUGUCCUCCCCAUGUUCAAGUGAUAGGAUUACUAUGCAGAACCCCUCAGAAAGAGAGCCGACAAGAAUUAUUACGCAGAGUGGCUGGUGGUGGUGGCGUGUUUAAAAACGAGAGUGGAACUAAAGUUCAUAUUCCAGGGGCAAAUUUGAAUGAAAUUGCUAACCAGGCCGAUGACUUACUAGAGACAAUGGAAACACGGCCCGUUGUUCCGGAUCGAAAAUUGCUUGCAAGACUUGUUUUGAUAAGAGAGGAAGCUCGGAAUAUGAUGGGAGGUGGUAUAUUAGAUGAAAGAAAUGAUCGUGGCUUAACUACUCUUCCUGAAGCAGAGGUCAACUUCUUAACUAAACUGGUUGCUUUAAAACCGGGGAGAGCUGUCCAGGAGAUGAUAAAAAACGUGAUGCAAGGAAAAGAUGAAGGUGCCGAGACUGCUGACUCUGACGAGGAACACACGACAAAUGGACGGAUCUCAGGUGGAAUCAAAGGAAGGGAAAGUGUGACAGGACGAAAACCACUCCCCGUUCGCCCUGGCAUGUUUCUUGAGACGGUCUCCAAGGUCUUAGGUGGUAUAUAUGCUGGAAACGUGCCCGGUAUCACGGCACAACAUCUAGAAUGGGUCCAUCAGAAGACACUUCAGGUUCUCGAGGAAAUAGCAUUUUAGACAUACUAUUUAUGGUAGGUACCACCUGAUCCUUAAAUACACUGGCAGCUAGAACAAAAAAUUUGUAGGUUAAAGUCUUGUCAAUACAUCUGAGUUGUUAUAUAUAGUAUAGGAUGUCAUAUUCUGAGACUUAUUAUAAACCUUUGGAAAAGAAUGAGAUAGUAUUACACUUCCAUUGCCAUUUUUG